UGAUAUAGUUGCAAAACCUUUAGUAAAUAUUCCACCAGGAAUUACAAGAGAAGAUGCAGAAUAUCUUUCAAAGUUGUGGAAGUCAACUGAAUAUCAGGAGAUGUGUGAAAGAAAUCAAAAGAACCGUUCUAAAUUGAAUGUAUCUCACACAUGUGGUUCACAAAGUAUACAACAAAGAGCUGAAAAAGAGGUUCAAGUCACUAACGAAGAACCGAGUCGAAUUAGAAUUUGGGAGCUAACUCACUUGAGCAACAAUGGAUUGGCUGUAAAUGAAACUACGCAGGAGAAAAUGUCGAAACUUAAAUCAUAUGCUUCUCAAGUGAUUGAUGGUACACUUGACAUGAACGAGGAUGAGACUUUUGUACGAGUAUUUGGACCGGAGAAACACGGGCAUGUUCAUGGUUAUGGAGUAGGUGUUACUCCUUCUGAGUUGUUUGGAUCAUCGUCUACUAUACGCGAUCAUGAGCGUCGUCUCAAUGAGUCCGAACAACGACUUCAAGAAUUUGAACAACAAAGAAAAGAAUUUGAACAACAAAGAGAGCUUGAGGUAGAAGUACUUAAGCGUCAAAUAAGCGAAUUAGAAAAUCGUUUUGAGGAUAGAUUUCAAAAAAUGAUGGCAGAGAUGUGUAAAAAAUUUGUUUCUAGUUGAUCAAUUGUAGUUUGAUGUUAUAGAAUUUCGAUAGCCUUUUGCUGUACUUUUAUGACAUAUAAGUUUACUUUCAUUCAUGUCAUUGUCUA